UCAAAGCUUAUUGGAGAUUGAUCAAAGUUACAGAAUUGUACAGGGCUAUCAGCCCGACUCUGCAAGUGUGACUGGCUUCAGGGCUGGCAGCGUGAUUGCAGAUUUCACAAUUAAGUCAACAGCUGCUCAGCCUGAUUUGCAAAUAGCGAAUAAACAACUUGUUCAAGUUCUCAGAUCAAAUGGAUUUAUUGUGAACGAUAAUGCAGUCUUUCAAAGUGUGAAAGGUGGACUAUAUAAGAACAGUGAUAAUAUAUAUCCUGGAUCAAGUCUCACACUGACAUGCACACUUUUACCAACAAAUGGCAUCACAUGGACCCUGAAUAGGAAUCAACUGUCACAAUCGAAUAAAUAUACAAUGACUAACACUAGUCUAAUUGUGAACGAUGUUGUUCCCAGUGACAGCGGUGAAUAUGCCUGCAAUACAACAAUAAACUCUAUGCCCAAUAUUAACUAUCAGUUCAUUACUAUUCAGCCAUACCCCAAUAUCCAAGUAACCAGUAACAAAGUUGUACUAUGUUUGGAUACAACAAUCCCACUUCAGUGUUGUUUUCAGGGGAUUUAUGGAGUGAGUUUAUAUGUUAACUCCAGAGUUUGCAGCCAAUCAUCAACAGUCUCUGCAGACUCAUCAUCAUGUUUAUCAUGUAACUAUGAUAGUAAAAAACAGGACUGCCAGACUGUAGACCAAAACAUACAGGUGACAUGUCAACUAACAUCACCCAUGAACGGAAACAGUUACCCAGCGAGCUCCACAAUACGUAUAACGAACACUGCAUUUAACUGCUAUAAUGAUGCAUUUGGAGCUGGAAAUGUGAGCACAAUACAAACCAUUAACUGUACUGGAGACUUUGUUGGCUUUCAAGUAGCUCAGUGUAGUUCAAAUGGCUGGAACAUUAUAGAAAACAAUUGUGUUCUUCGUGCCAUCCAACAGUUCCAAGAUGAAGCUAAGAAUUUACAGGUGGGAGACAUCAAGACAUUUAUGGACAGGUUCAGCGGUAAUGUUACAUUACUGACUGAAAACAUCACUGACUCGACAGCAACCAUAAUAGCAAUUGUAGACAUACUAACCAUCGUUUCAAAUCUCUCACUAACAACUGCAAUCGACCAACCGAUUAUGGAGGAUGUCCUAAACACAACCAAUGCUGUUGGAUCAGAUGGUGCACGGGACUCAUGGCUGCAUAUAAACAACAACAAUGCAUCCAUGAAUGCCAGCUCUGAACUUCUAAAGUCAACUGAAAAUUUUGGAAGCAGGCUCCCUAAUACAAGCUUCAGUAUAAAAAUAGAGUCUACGUCUCUCAAUAAGAUUAACAUUACUACUAGUUCCUUUUUGGAAGAAUUUGGUAUCAAUUUAACAACACAAAUAAGUCUUCCUGAGAUUACCCCACCAACGUUCAUCACCGUUAUAGUUUCUCCAGCAUUUAACAACAUCUUACCUGCUCGAACUCUGACCUACAAUGACAGCAGUCAGACUGACACCAAGAUCAAUGGAGACGUAGCCAUUAUUAAGGCAAACUCAAUAAUUAACAACAUCUCUCUCUCUUUUGAUGUCAUAAAUACUACAUUGGGAAACCCUCAGUGUGUCUUUUGGAACUUUAGUCUUCUGAAUGGUGUUGGUGGAUGGGACUCAACUGGAUGUCAGUUAAAGCUAUUAGGGAAUAAAACUGAAAGAUACACAUGUGAGUGCAAUCACACAACCUCUUUUUCAAUCCUGAUGUCACCAUUUAACCUGGAUAACUUAGCCUUAAACUAUAUAACUUACAUCGGUGUUGGCAUUUCAAUGGCUAGCUUGGUUUUGUGCCUCAUCAUUGAAAUCAUCAUAUGGAAAUCAGUGACAGGAAAUGACACAUCCUUCAUGCGCCAUGUCUCCAUAGUCAACAUUGCUGUCUCCCUUUUGAUUGCUAACAUUUGCUUCAUCAGUGGAGCAGCUGUUGUUAAACUAGAAGGUCCCUGCAGUACAGCGACGUUCUUCAUGCAUUUCUUUUAUCUUGCUGUUUUCUUCUGGAUGUUUCUGUCAGCACUUUUGCUCCUCUACCGCACCCUCAUGGUCUUUUCCAGAAUGACCAGAGGAGCAAUGAUGGGCAUAGGUUUCACUGUAGGCUAUGGAGCCCCGUUAAUUAUAGCUGUCGUUACUGUGGCAUCUACAGCUGGAGGCAAAGGAUACAUUCAACAAGGUUACAAUUGUUGGCUGAACUGGGAUAAAACAAAGGCUCUCCUGGCAUUUGUGAUUCCUGCUCUGACGAUUGUAGCUAUAAACCUCCUGGUGCUUAUUGUGGUUCUGUGUAAGAUCUUGAUUAGAGGAGUUAAUGCUUCCACUCAGCCAGAUGAGAAACAUCCCCUAGUGGUCAUUGCUAGAUGUGUGGCGAUUUUAACACCUCUCUUUGGUCUAACGUGGGGAUUCGGCAUUGGGACCUUGGUGUCAAAUAACUUAGGAGUUCAUGGGAUGUUUGCAUUCUUUAAUUCACUGCAGGGUUUCUUUAUUUUGCUGGUCGGUACUUUACUGGAUAGUAAGGUCCGAGAAGCGUUAGCAGGAACGUUUUCACUGAGGAACUUAAGCUCAAAUCGCACAAGGAGUACAAGUGCAGGGCCAUCAUCCUCAAGUGGAAUUAAUUUCAUUCAGAGGUUACAGAGAAGAAAUGUGUACAAUGUCUCAAAUGGAGAAAUGUUGUCUUCAAGCAACACAAAUGCAUCUGUUGAUGGUUAAGGAGCUGCAACUUU